AUGCACCAGUUAACCGUUACAGUGCUCUUGAUAGCCACAACAGUGCGGGUCAGCGCGCAGUUCGAUACCUUGGCCGAAAAUUUAUUCUCCAGAUUGUCUGGUGCAUGUAGAGCGUUGAUGAGCCUACAACACGAUUCAAUGAAUAGCCAAAACGAAAUUUUAUCAACAAUGAAAAUAUAUUUUUUAAAUGGAGAUGAGAUGACAAGCUUUCCCAUCGAUAACUCAUAUAAAGGUCUCAUAAAACCGAGCAUAUUUGAUAUAGCAAAGGAAACAAAGAUCAUCAUUCAUGGCUACAGAGAUAAUGCCCAAUCAUCAGUAUCUUUAGACUUGGCGAAAGCAUAUGAUGAGAAAAAAAUGUUUAACGUACUCCUAGUGGAUUCCGAAGAAAUGAUGAACAAGAACUAUUUGGUAUCAGUUCAUAAUGCUCGCCUAAUCGGCAAGAGACUGGCCAAUUUACUGGCGAAUUUAGAGGACUUUGGCGCGAACUCUGCUGACUUCCACCUAAUUGGUAUCAGUUUAGGCGCCCACAUCGCUGGUUGGACUGGAAAAUAUUUCCAACGAUACAAAAUGGCUAAGCUUGGACGCAUUUCAGGGUUGGAUCCAGCGGGGCCGUGUUUUUCGUCGGCGUAUUCAGAACAGAGGUUAGAUAAAAUGGACGCGAAAUACGUAGACAUAAUACAUACAAAUAAGCUGGUCCAAGGCAUAACAGAGGCUUUGGGACACGUAGACUUUUACGUGAAUGGGGGUGGGCCGAUGCAGCCAGGUUGUAUAAUGCCUUCCUGUAGUCAUUUACGCGCUGCUAAAUUGUAUUUAGAGAGCGUAGAGACACCUAAAUCGAUUAUUGGAGUAAAAUGUAAGAGUUGGAAGCAAUUUGAGUCGAACGCCUGUGAAGAUAAAGAUUUUGCAGUCCUAGGUUACGGCUCUUCAACGUUGACUCGAGGUGUUUAUUUUUUGCGGACGUCAGCAAGUGCUCCUUUUGGCCUCGGGGUGGGUGGAACUAAAAAUAAUGAGGGGACAGUGAACCCUUGGGAAGGCUUAGUAAAUUUUUAG